AAUGAAAUUGAAAAUAAUCUACUACGGAACUCAAAAAUGGUUUCAUAUCAAUGUGGAAACCUUCAAGGAAAUUAGAUCUAUAAAGGUUAUGGCACAUAGGAUGGGAUUAAUUGAAAUACCUUGCACUUUUUUAUACUUUGGACAAGAGCUGGAAGACGAUAAAACGAUUGAAUACUAUAAUAUUCCAGAUGGAGGUAGUAUAGCAUACGCUAGAUCUGUUGAAUCGGCAAUGAGACCGCUAGUUGAUACUAUGAACGAAUCAAAAAGUACUUAUAAGAUUGGUGAUCUAGUUGUGUCUUUUGAUGAGUCAAUUGGAGGCUAUCGAACCGCUAUUAUAAUUGCCUGUGAAAAGAAGAAAAGUCUUGCUAAUAUGACAUUAAACUUUGAAACUAUUAAUACUAAUUUGACAUCAAUGUACACAGUGAAAUAUCGGUGUGAAGCAUGCUUUCAGAACUAUUUAAAUGGACUUGGCGGAAAUUGUCAGUCUUGUGUUCAAGGCCAAACUGCUGUGGUUUGCUUCAAGCGCUUAAAGCCUCAUCCACGAAGAAAAAUUAAAGUUUCCCACAUGAAAGUAGGAGAUCAGGUUAUUGUUAAGUCGUCUGAUUUUUACAAAGGAGGAGCAGAAGAUAUAUUCUUUCUGUGCAGGGUUACCCAAAUGACAAAUGAUAUAGUAGAGGUUGACAUAUUGCACUAUAAAAAUGCUAUUCUACAGCAAAAUAAAUUAUUAGCGGCCAAUACUACAUUCUAUCAUCACGAAGAGUUAGGUGAUCAAUGCAAUAUUAACUCAAUUGAUGAUAUGGUGAAUUUUUAUGAAGCAACGCCCAAAUGUCUUGAAUGUAAAGAUCAGCUAAGUGGAAAAUGCCCAUAUUGUCUUUGUUUUAGAUGCGGAAAGUAUAGUAACGAGAAAGCUGCAGUCUUUUGUCCUCGAUGUUGUAAGAAUAUUCAUCUUACUUGCCUGGAUCCUCCUUUAAGUGGUAUACCUACUGACAAAAAUUGGUAUAUUAGAUAUUGCCCCAUGUGUAUUGAUGACGAUGAUGAUGAUGAUGAUGAUGAAGAAGAAACUACUGACACACUUGAUGAAUUUGAUAUUGAUGUACAAUCUGAUUCAGAUGUUCAAAUAGUUAAAAAAUUAAAACGUUCUAUUAUACCGAAGACUAUGGAAGAGAAAGGUCAGUUUGGUCCAAUACCAGGAGUUGAUGUUGGUAUGUCCUGGGAAUAUCGAAAACAAAUAUCUCAAGCUGGAGGCCACAGACCACUUGUUGCAGGGAUUCAUGGUCAACCGAAAAGAGGUGCUUUUUCAGUGGUAUUAUCUGGAGGUUACGAGGACGAUCAAGAUUUCGGUGAUACAUUCAUAUUUACUGGUAGUGGUGGCAGAGACUUAUCCGGAAACAAGCGAUGCGCUCAACAGUCGAAAGAUCAGGAAUUUUCCGGUUGCAAUUUGGCACUAGCUAGAAAUUGUUAUGCACUUCUAAGCGAAAACGGAGGCGAUGCGCAGGACAAUUGGAAGUAUGGCAAUCCAGUCCGAGUUUUUAGAUCUUAUAAAUCCUCCAAACAAUCUAUAUACGCCCCAUCUUUUGGAAUUAGAUACGAUGGUAUAUACAAGAUUCGAAAAUAUUGGAAAGAAAGAGGAUUAGCUGGGUUUUAUGUUUGGCGUUAUCUCUUUGAAAGAGAUGAUGUCAUUCCUCCUCCGUGGACUGAAGAAGGUUAUGUAUCUAAAUGA